AUGAUUUCACAAAUCCGCAAUUACCUCGCUAUUAAACGCUAUCAAAGCGAAGUUACCACCUCUUCAGUUGAACCUUGGGAAAGAGCCUUAUUCAACUCAGCAAUUGUAUUGAGCAUAACGCUAUUUACGUACACCGCCUUUGCAAACCUCCCAAAUCAGGGUCAAAAUUUUCCAAUAAACAUUGGCGAUUAUCAUUCAUUCUACUUAUGA